GGGAGUCCACUCUGCUCUGCGGAGUCAUCCCGCAGCCGGAAGUAGGUGGGACUUUACUUUAAAAAACUUUGGAGAGCGGGGACGGAGCAAGAGAAUCAACGGCGACUUCGAGCGGUGAGAGGCAGCCUGAGACAGCGACCGUCCCGAGUGCAACAUGUUGCUCACUGUGCUGAGAGCCACGCUGCUCCUGGUCAUUGUAGACUGCGGCGCGACACCAGAUCCCCUCCUCCAUGAAUUGCCAUAUGGCCAUGAAAUAUGCCUACUAAAAGCUGAGCCUGGACGCUGUAAUGCUAUAAAUGAAAGAUAUUUCUACAACAUCUUAACACAGAAGUGUGAGAAGUUUACCUACGGUGGAUGUGAUGGAAAUGAAAACAACUUUAAGAGUAAGAUGGAAUGUCUGGCCAAAUGUAAAGUGAAGGAUCGGAGAAACCCUUGUCAGUUGGAAGCUGAUAGUGGACCAUGCCGAGGGUAUUUUCGUCGGUACUUCUAUAAUAAACAUACAAAAAAGUGUGAGCAGUUCAUAUAUGGGGGUUGCUUUGGAAACAGAAACAACUUCAAAACUCAGCAACAUUGCCAGAAUGUAUGCCAAAAAGCAAAACGAUUGACUUCAGAUUUCCCAAAGAUCUGCAUGGCACCGGCAGACAUAGGCAACUGCAACAAAACCAUAACUAGAUACUUCUAUAACCAUUCCAUUGACCUCUGUGAGACCUUUACCUACAGUGGCUGUGGUGGAAAUCAGAACAAUUUUCGUAAAAAACGGCAAUGCAAUCAGACCUGCAGAAAAGGAAUCAAUCGUCAAAGCUCUUAAAACUGGAUGAAAAUACAGACAACAUUUAAACAAACUCUGAAGUGAAUCAAAUUGUAGCAGGAAGCCUUGCAAUCAUUUGGCAUUUGCUCUUCUAAUAUCUUUGUUUUAAUGUCUCUGCUUAAUCUGUUUAUAUUUUUAAAAGCAAUGUAAGUUAACCCAAUAGCUUGACCUUGAUAACAGUUAACAAUAUUUGUCGUCUUAAAUCAAUUAGAAAGGACACAAUCUCAAACAUUUCGCAGUAUGGUACAGACAUCUUUAAGGGAUUGAAUAUGGCACAUUGCUGGGCAAUUUGCAUCAGGUAUCAUGUAAAGCCACGUGGCAUAUCUAGAUAAAAGUACUGAAAUUAGCCAUCCAACAUCUUAUUCAUCUGAAAUCAACUUUCCUAUUGUGUUCUAUAAAAUGAGCAUUUUUGUCAGAGAUAAGGAGGCAUAAUAAUGUUUAUGUAACAACGUUGUAUAUUUCCAUGUAAAAUCAAAGUUAUUUGAUCACCCAAUGAACAAAUAAAAGUAAUCAUCUAGUUACUGAGUUAAAAAUUACUGUGACCUUAAUUCUGAAGGCUGUGACUGAAUAAUUUGGCUACAAGGUCUGCCCCAAUUGUUCUAAUGUAACUUAAUGGAAAGCAUGCAAAUCAUCAUCUUAAUGUUUACAGUACGGUUUAAAUUGAGUGUUCCUCUAUUCUCCUCCUCUUUGGUUCAGCAUAUAUAGCCUUCAUUUUUUUAAAAAAUAUGAUGAAAUAUUUGAGACCUAUUUGGGUCUGCCAUUGUCCACUGAUAGCUACAUUUUACUAUAGCAAGAAUCCUCCUAAAUGAGCAUGAUUAUUUUAGUAUAGGUUGCUUUUAGAUCAGGAGUUUAAAGUUGUUAGCCUUUCUAAGUCAUAAUGCUUUGUCUUUCAAUGAUUGCUAUUUAAAAAAAAACUCACCAUGUUAUUAAUGGCAGUAUUUUAUGGUUCAAGAUGCUGUUUGGUUGGAUUAAGCAUGCAGUUUAAGAAUGUGUAGUAUGAUAACCACAGUCUUAUCUUAAAUAUGUGGCUUUUAUUACAUGUUGAAGUAAACUAACUUCCUUUUAAUGUAUGUAUAUUUCUAUAUAUUGGGACAUGUUAACCCGAAGAUGGAAAAAUAUUCUGUUGUGCAUUAAUAAAAAAAAUAAAAUGUAUUGCUUAAUAGUCAUGUUAUGACAAAGUAUUUCAAACCCCAUCAAUGUGUUUAGUUUUAUUAAAUGU